AUAAUACAACUUCCUUGACAAAGAGUUAUACUGUUUGAUCGUAAAGGAAACGUACAAACAUUGAAAAUGAAGGUCGCGCUAUGCUUGUUGGCUUUGGUUGUGAUGGUGACGUCGGAACAAUGCAACAGAAAUGAAGAUUGUUCGCAUACGGCCUGUGCCAGCAACCCCAAUUGGACCAUAAUGUGCGAACAAAACGUGUGUCUUUGUGAUAUAAAUCAUCCCUGUGUUGGCGCAGACACCAAAGUAUGUCAGGACAAUUAUGGAAGCUGCUCCGAUAACAACUUCCUUCAAUCCUCCUGGCAUUGCGUUGACGGCAAAUGUGCCUGUAGUUAUGGCGGAUUCGGAAGUUGCUUGAGCCACCCAAAUCCUCUACAGUGUUUUGCUGCACUCGGGAAGUAAACACGUCAGGAGACUUGCAUAUGCAGACCACAUCGCUUUUGGACUGAACUGUUUCUUGGAAAUAUGCAAAAAUAAAAGUGAUGUAAAGUUGAAAGAAA